AUGGAGAGCGAUUUGCAGCUCGAAACAGCGGUUCUAGGGAAGUUGUUACGUCAAAAUCGAAGCCAGCACCGACACGGGAAAUAUUUCCAUGCGCUCCGCCAGCUUCACCGCCGAUUGAGAGACUUCUUCUCGUCAAACGUCCUCCAUCUGCUACAAGAUAUUAAAGCCGCCUCGCCUCCAGCGCUGCUGGCGGUCGCGCAAAGCCCGGAGCUCGACAGCCAGUCCAGGCGGGUCGUCUUCUCUCUACAGUACAUUCAAGAGACUACAAGCCUCUUGAUUCGAGCCGCACGCCUUAUAGCGGGUCUGGUUAUAUUGGAGCGCUUUCUCCCUCUCUGUGUCACGAGCUUCGCUUGUUUAGGGCGGCUCUACAUCCUCUUGCUUCAGUGUCAGCUACACCACGUGUCGGCCUACAACCGCUUGACAGCGACGGCAGCAAGAGGCAAGGUCCUCCUUCCCCCGUCUCUCCCUCCCCGCCUGUACCACGUAUGGCAAGCUUCGACCCUCCUUAUCUCCUCUCGCCCCUUCCCCUCACCGGACACCACAACCAGCGGCACCAGCAGUACCAGCAGCAGCAGCAGCAGCAGCAGCAGCAGCAAAAAGAACAAGAAGGUGAAGAUUGAGGCGCUUGAAAGAACUGCAGAUGCUCUUAUUCCUACACAGGAGAAUGUGGCUGCAGUUUCAGCCACACUUGCUCCUGUAGCAGCUGUAGCAGUCUCACCCGCUGCACCUGGGGAGAGGGGGAAAUUGGCGACAGAGGGGGUGUUUGGCAGUGGGGAGGCAUGGGGAGGGGAGGGGAUGGCUGGUUGGGACGAUUGGGAUGAGGGUUUUGGGGGAGACGAUGGGUAUGGGGGGCGAGAGGAGGGGAUGGGGCGUGGGGAGGAUGACAGGAGGGAAGGUGGGGAGGAUGGGGAGAUGGAUAGUGAGGAGGGUAGAGAAGAGAGCGAGGAGGGUGAGGGGGAGAAGGGUGAGAUUGAGGAGGGGAAGGAGUAG